CAGAAGAUAACUAAUAUGACUUUGUGUGUUUAUGUGUCAUGACUGAUUAACUCCCUUCUGCUUCAUACCGGUGUGGGAAAUAAUCAGAGAAUGAAUAUGUCAAGAGGAGGAAUUGUCGUGCUUUUUCUGUCUUUACUGUUUGAGUCUUCGUUGAGUCAAUGUGACGAGGGGAUAGAGUGCCUCACAUGGAUUCAGGAAGUUUUUUUUACUGAUGUGACUGAAAUUCCUCAGACGCUAAAAGCAGGUGUGACAGAGGUUUUUUUUGUGGGUAGCCAGAUUGAAAAAAUCCCCACAGCAGCCUUUGUGAACAACCCACAGCUUGAAAAGGUGGAGUUCAUGAACACCAACACGACAUCUAUUGAGCCAGGAGCUUUUGAAGGUCUGGUAUCCCUCAAGCAAAUAGAGAUCUCCACCACUCCAUUGACAUUCAUCCCAGAGGGAGUUUUUACAGACCUCAGCAACCUGGAGAACAUUAUACUGAAGUUUAACAAGCUCCAAAGUCUGAAAAAAGGCUUGUUUGAUGGCAUUAAAAAAGUAAGAGAGAUCCUCUUACAUGGGAAUGCGAUUAGCUCUAUUGAGGAUGGGACAUUUGAUGGACUUGAGAACCUUGUGUCACUUCAUUUAGCUAAAAACAAUAUCUCAGCCGUAUCUUCCAACUUGUUUUCAAACCUUAGCAAAUUGCAAACACUGCGGCUUUAUGAGAAUCAGCUGACCACCAUUCCUGAAGACAUGUUUAAGACAUUACCAAACUUGAAGGAAAUUGCCUUGCACAGCAACAAAAUAGCAGAAUUGUCUCCAAAUGUAUUUCCACAUAAAGAAAAACUAAAUAAGCUCACUUUGGAAAACAACCUCCUUACUGGUUUACCUCAAGGACUUUUUGUUGGUUUCCCUGUGCUCAAAACUCUGACCCUACAGAAGAAUAAACUGAGAAACCUACCACCUGUGCUUUUUGGAGAAAUGCCUAAACUGACAGACUUAAGUCUUAGUCAAAACAAUCUCAGUUCACUUCCUAAAGGACUUUUCACUCCACUGAAGAAGGUCAGAAAGCUAGACCUGUCUAAAAACAACUUUGUCACCGUGUCUGCUGAGAACUUUGAAGGCCCAGAGAAGCUCAUAGAGCUGAAUCUACAAAACAACAAGAUAACGUCACUGGAUGCUGAUGUGUUUGAAAAGCUAGAGUUCCUGGUCACACUUAAACUGGCUCACAAUGAGCUCCAGGUGCUGCCCGAGGAUAUUUUUGAGCCCUUAACAAAACUGAAAAAACUUGACCUCAGUUACAACACUUGGCACUGUGACUGUAAUUUUGUUUCUUUUCACCUCUGGAUAAAAGAUAACCCUGACAAGAUAGUUUCCCCGGUGGUCUGUGAGUAUCCAGAAAGCUUAAAAGGCCACGAAAUCCAAUCCUUAACAGAAGAUCAAUUUAUUUGCCCCACUUCUCCCCCCACGACUAUACUCUCCUACCCUCUACCACCAUAACAACAACCAUUCCUACAACCACAUCCACGACACUCCCAACGACAAUUUCAACAACUCUCCCAACGACCAUUUUAACAACCCUACCGAAUACAACAACUACUAUAUCUACAACUACUAUGACAACAGCUGCAACCACAACCACAGCGAAGCCUCCUCCACCAACCACCGCAGUGAUCUUCACAUGUCCAGUGGGACCAGUCACUCAGACGUCUCCUUACACAAAUCAGCACAGAAGCAAAGCUCAACAGUGCAAGACUCACAUGAUGAUCUACACUGCACUGCUGGUGGUGGAGAUCAUCUGCACAGUGGUGCUUGCUAAGUUCACCAUGUCCCUUUACUGCCUGCUGCAGAGCAGAGAGAGGUUGUAUCACAGAGUCAAACUCACCCACUUCUCCUACAGGAGAGAGGUCAUCCUGAGGCCUCUGCAUGAGGCCGAGACUCACAGACUUUAAACACAGUUGCACGUUAUAGAAAAUUCACUGGUUGCAACACUGAUGGUAAAUAACAUCUGACAAAGCACCUUCUUAAACCUGCAUUCAUUUUUGUCCACCUGGGAGCAGAAUGUCCACAAGAAAUCUUUUGUACCAAAUGAAAUUCAAAUUAUGUAAUUCUUAAGCUGAAUCCAACUGCUUGUAUUUGAACUCCAGUGUGUAUUGUUUUUCUUUUUAUUAAAUUGCUGUUCUUUGUAUUUGUAACCAUAUGCUAUGGUCUUUAUUUGGAGCUGAAUAAAGAACAAUAUAUUAUAAA